CCACCUCCUAACGGUCGAAACCUACAUGAAAACGAGAGAUUUGAAGUUAGACUUGCAGCUGACAGAGAUAGACAAGAGAGAGGAGGGAGAGAUAGCAGGCAAGCAAUGACGAAAACGAGGCAGCUCUCUGUGGCCCGUUUGCACUGAGUGGACUGUAACUGGGAUGAGAGGCCUGAUGAGCUGCAGUCUGACUUCCUGUUAGCUGAGGGUGAGGUGGGCAUGUAAAAAAAAAUACAGAAGUAUCCAAAAGAAAAGAGAAACUUUCCUGUUGUUGUUACACCUGCUGCCAUAUCAGAGUGCUUGAUGGCUGUUACCCAGGCUGUGCUCCCUUCCUUCAGCUCCUUCUCCAACCUCUCUCACUCCAGUGACAAUAUGAAAGUGUGUAAGUCAGAUGGGUCUCUCCCUUUAGACUCUCCAAGCACUAAACUUUCACCAAAGACCUCUGAGCAACUGCAGGUCUCUCAACAAAUGGCAGAGGAGCUCCUGGAUGAUGACAGCCAAGCAUCUUGGGACAUUGAGUUCCUGCUGUCAGAGUGGAGCAGCCCUUCCCCCGACCCCAGCCCCUCUCUCAACAACAGCAACCAACUGCUUCCGCAGUUUGAUCCAAACACUGCAUACCAAGAGACGAGCGUGCUUAAGGACCCAUCAGGACAGGAGAGUCUGCAGAUGACCAGCGGCAGCCUCAUGGCUGAGCUCAUGUCCCCUGCUGAAACCACCACAGUCCAGCCAGAGCUGUACCAGCGUGGUUUUAAUGACGAUCAAACAGGUCGAACUUUAUUUUCUAAUGUGCAUAACGUAAAUCAGUUUGACUUCUCCCAAGGAGGAAGUGUUGAAAGACACAGCAGAGGAAGCCUCAGUAAGGUCGCAUCAUGGGACUUCAACCCCUACUAUCACCACCACCAACAGCAGCAGCAGCAGCAGCAGCCUCCCAUGGUAGCCAUCCCUGAAAACAGGUUCAUCCGACCUCAGCCUGUGACCCCUGACCCUCGACACUACAGCUACUUGCCCCACUUUAACCACACUGCCAGCCUUUACUGUGACUACAACCACAGCCAGGGGCAUUUGCCCCUGCACCAGCAGCCUCUGCUGGUUGGACAACAGCUGCCCCCUAGUGGGUUGGAAGGGAAGCGUGGCAGAAGAGCUACGGGGAAAAAGAGACCAGCCAUCCACAGCUGUGAAUACCCCGGCUGCAGCAAGACCUACACCAAGAGCUCGCACCUCAAGGCUCACCUUCGCACCCACACAGGUGAAAAGCCUUACCACUGUUCAUGGGAGGGCUGCAGCUGGAAAUUUGCCCGCUCGGAUGAGCUGACACGUCACUACCGCAAGCACACGGGUCAGAAACCGUACCAGUGUAUGCUCUGCCAGAGAGCCUUCUCUCGCUCAGACCACCUGGCUCUGCACAUGAAGAGACACAACUGAAGCUCUCACAUAUACACAAAUCGACACCUCUGCCAUUAUAAGACAUUUUAAUUAAAAAAGUAGACAAAUUUUGUCUGAUUUUAGGACCUCAAAAGUCAUCUGGUGUAGAUGUUUUUGGUAUACUUACAAAACAAAUGAGAUAGGUCUAACUCAAAAUCUAAUUGAAAACCCUUCAGCAUAAGAAAUGAUUGAUAUCCGUCACUUAAAGAGUGACCAUUAGUGAUUGCUGAACCACCGGUAAUUAGAGGAGUACUCCACAGAAAAAAGAUGGAGCAGGGGACUUGCAGCAGGCACUGUAGCAAGUUUAUCUCCUUUGACUCUCUCCAUUACACAUAUUUUAAUUUUGAGAACCUUCAGUGGUGUUUCCCUGUUCUUGAAGGGCACCACUUCUAUGUUUUUAUUAUAAAACUCUGCUGUAGUAGCAUUGCAUGAGUCACAGUUCAAAACAAAACUUCAUCUUAUACUAAAUCUUGGUGCAGCGCCUCAGGUUAUCCCUGGUCUCAAAGAAGCCAGCUUUACCGUGACUGGCUGCUCGUCAUAACCAGAACAUCUGAACAGCACAUGUGUGGGGCUUUUGUGCUAAGAUGACAAUUUUAGAGAUAUCUACCACUGUGACAUCAUACAAAAGAACCUGUAGAAACUGAGAGUCUGACGCCUGAACAUUUAGCUGAUAGGAUUACUCACAUAUACACUGACCUCAAUAUGUGAAACUUUAGCCUUAUUUAACAUGAGCAUCCACCAUUGUUGACAUAAAAUAUUAGAUAGACAGAUAAUAUUGGGUACCCUUUAACCAUCACAUCUACAUAUCUGAGCACAACAGUUACCUUAAACCUUAAAUCAAAGACUUAGUCCUAACUUAACCAGGCAGCAUGUCAACCAGAAGAAGAUAACCUUUGUAAAAUAAGCAUGUCUAAAGCUAUAAGAGCCGCUUUUACAAACACUGUACACACUGUGGGUUUACAGACAGUGGACUUAAACACUAACAAAAGACCUAAAAGUGUUUGUAACAUUGGUUACAAGAUGAUACACAAUAGUGUAUCCAGAACUCACAGCUUACUGAACAAAGCCACGAGUGCUUAUUAGCCAUGCUAAAUUAUGUCAGCACUGAGAUGAUAUAGUCAUCUCAAAUUCUGUUUCCCUUACAGGCAAAGUAAGAUGAAGUACUGAUAUUUGGCAGAUUUUGGCCAAGUGCAAAUAUCAAUGUCCCCCCUUUUUUUUUUUAAA